CAUCAAGCUCGAGCCCAACCUCUCCUUCCCUUCACCCGCGCGACGUCCACCCUCUUCCUGCUCUUCUUCCCUCCCUUUCACCUCCUUUCAAACCCUAGAAACCAAUUCCCCACCCAAAACCCUAACCCUAGCUCCUUCGGCCUCUCCCUCCGCCCUCGCGGCCCCCGCCCGCGGCCGCGCCCUCCCACUCAUUCGGCCCUCGCCGACCUAGGGUUUGCGCGUCCUUGAGCCCGAGCACGACCUCGUGAGGGCGUGUGCGGCUAGGAGGUUGGAGUUGGAGAUGAGAUGAAGCCGUGCGGUGGUGGUGGUGGCGGCCAUGAGUAGGCUCUCGUUCAGGCCGCGGCCGCUCGACAUCCACAAGAAGCUCCCAAUCCUCAAGUCAGCGCGGGACUUCGAGGACGAUGACCCCACGGCGGCAGCGGUCGCCGCGGCAAGGGUUGGGGUGCUUCUAAGGCACUCCGGUGCGGAACUCACUGCAGCUUCUACAGCCACUGACGGCGAGGGAAUUUCAGCUCCCAGUAAGAAGAAUGCUCAAGAAAUACCGACACCGCAGUUUGAUGAUGUGGAGACCUACGAAAGGGACUACACUCGUACCUUUGCACAACCGUCGUGUUAUAUACGAGGAAGAGGAGCCAGAGCUGAGAUUGGUGAAUUUGUGGAGUAUGAUCUGGACAAUGAAGAUGACGACUGGCUGGAAGACUUCAACAAUGAGCGGAAGAAUCUUAACCCUGAAAAGUUGGAGGUCCUCUUAUUCAAGUUGGAAAUUUUGGACCAUAAAGCUCGAGAAAGAGCAGGAGCCAUAACACCAACUUUCAUUGGACCAGUUCCAGUCCUUUUGCAGUUUGAUGUUGCUGUGGAGGCUUUUCAAUAUUUAUCUGUUCGUUAUGCCGUUUUCCAAGCUGUAUAUAAUUAUUGGCAAGCAAAGAGGGAACGGUGGCAAAAACCUAUUCUACGGCGGUUGCAGCCUCCUCCGCCGGUGAAUGAUACAAACCCAUAUAAUGUAUUUAGACCAAGAGAAAAGGCCCAUCGUCUUCAUACAAGAAGGAUGCAAAGACGAGAAAAUAAUAUCCAAUCAUUUGAAAAACUCCGCCUGGUGCGACGCAACUUGGACCAAGCAAAGGCAUUAAUGGGGGCUUUAAUUAAGAGGGAAGAAACAAAGCGGGAGGUCAUGGAAUGCGAGGUUAAUCUUCAGCGCAUUCAGAUGCAAUAUAAGCAUGAGGCACAGCUUGUUGAGGAUGGGACUACAUUGUCAUCGUUCCAGCAAGUUUCUAGCAAAUUUGGAUCAAGUGAUGAUGAUUAUGCGGAUUCUGAUGACACCACAACUGAACAACCAUAUUUCCGACCACCUGUUCGCCAUCGGUUCCCUGAUAACAAGCUAUCAGUUAUACCUACACUGCGUAUAAAGCGUGAGCAACUAAAGAGGAGACCUCAGCAAAAUGGCUGGUUAUUUAAAAGGGAUCCUGAGGAACCAGUAUUUUUAUUCACUAGACCAUUGGAUCCUGAGAAGUUGGUGGCAGCAGGUAUCAAGCUGCCACUAGAUCCUCCCAUUGAGAAUGGUGCCACCAUGCCACAAUUUCGGUGCCAAGGUAGGAUUGGACGGGGUGGUCGCAUCAUCUUUGAUCGGUGGAACCCUCUUAUCCAAACACCUUCACCAAUUGGCCAGGAAACUUCUCAUUAUGUACAAUAUAGUCAUAGGCCGCCCUCACCAGAAGGUUGAUGCAAUUAUUCAUCUGCACUUGCCACUUACUACAUCAAUGCAGCUACUGUGAGGUGAAGAGCUCAAGCAAUUGUUUCUAUCUAGGUGCCAAACUGGCCUUGGAUUAUUCUCGACUGCUGAGGCAUGAGCUGUGUAUCUGAUGGAAGGAUCAGAAAAGUUGCAUCAUCUGUGAGAACUUGGCUGUUCUGAGCUAUUAGUGGGCUGACAUUUAUCUUCAGAUCUGGCUCGGUCAUCUUUUGCAGCUGUUGUAAAAUUAUUACAGUGUAGGUGAAGGAGUGAGCAUUUUUGUCUAAUGUUGGCAUGUAGGGUUGGUAUCUAGUACGAUGCUCUCUCAUUGAUUAUUCAUUUGGAGAGGGGAGAUCCUUCUCAUUGCUAAGUUAGCCUCCUGUAUAAUCUUUUGACACCUUGGUGCAUUGUAUUAACCAAUGUGCAGGUUUGUAUAUACUGAAAUCCUGCGCCCAUGCGCAUGCGGUGGGAAAUGUCUGUAGGUUAGGUAGAUGUAGAACAUGGAGGUUGAAUAGGUGAAAAACAAUGUCACCUGAUCUGUCAUUAAAAUGUUUGUAUCAGCUUCAUAUCUCAUAAUCAUGAAACUGUCUUGGGUUAUCUUUGUACCGAAA